AUGACUUCUUCGACCGCCGACCCAUACCGUAUCGUAACUGCAGAACCAGCACGGUAUGGCCUCUUUCGCUCGGCAUUCCCCUCUCCCCACAACCUCGGUGCACAGUACGAAACCCUUCCCCGUACAUUACCCUCGCCCAAUCUGGCUGGCGCCGGUGCAUGGCCACGCUGGAAGCCGAAAGUCGUCCAAUGUCUGUCUCUAUAUGGUGUCUAUCCGUGUACCUUUCUGUACGACAGGAACUUUCUGACUCCGCUCGUCUCUGUCAGUUCCGACAAGGCCACCCACCCACCCGCUCCGCCCCCGUUGGACAAGACCGACGGCAUUCUUCCCGUCGGCGAAGAAGAAAGACUGAAACGAGACGGACGGCAAUUUAAUAGAGCCUACCUGCCUGGUCGCUACCGCAGCAGAGAACCGCCAACCAAAGCAGAAUGUGAAAUCUUAGAGUAG